CGUCAUCCACCUCCCACAGCAGAUCUGAGCAUUUGACCCCCCACACUUAUGCCAAAGCGUUUUUGUAUCAACAGACUGCCGACAAUAUCGACAAACAAAAGCUAUGCCAGUUGAACUUGAUCCCAACGCCAUCUUCGUGCACCGCCUUCAUUUGGAACCGACCACGAAGGAUUCUUCCCCUCGUCUUUCUCGUUCAGAAGACGCGGAAAAGUUUGUCAGCGGGUCAAUCUUUUUCGUUGGAACAGCGACAUGCAUUAUAAAGUGGGCAGGUCUGACCUUGAUGACGGAUCCCAACUUUUUGCACCAAGGUGAUCAUGUGCAUCUUGGGCCGGGGAUUACAGCUCAGCGGGUUACGAACCCGGCAAUCAAUUUAGAAGACAUUCCUCCCAUUGACGCAAUAGUAUUGUCCCAUUUUCAUGAGGAUCACUUUGAUAAACUCGUCCAAAAGGAUCUGGAAAAGUCGAUUCCCAUCAUUACCACGUCUGAAGCUGCAAAGGAACUGGCUAAAAUAGGAUUCAUGUCCGUGUUUCCCUUGGAGAGGUGGGAGAGCGCUUUGGUGGCCAAGGGCGACGCAAAGAUUGUUGUCACAGCCAUGCCGGCCAAGCAUGCGCCAACGGGCCUUGGAUUUGCACUCCCUGACACUAUGGGUACCGUGCUUACCUUUGUGGCAAGCCACGAAGAACAUGAGGCAGAGUUAGAUUUGGAGAAAAUUGGCGAAUUGGUCGACAAAGGAGUCUUCAAAAUGUACAUAUCUGGUGAUACUCUCAUGCAUGAUGAUCUCAAGGACAUCCCCAAACGCUAUCCAAAAAUUGAUCUGGGACUCUUUCAUCUUGGCGGAACGACGAUUUUGGGUACCUUUAUCGUGACCAUGGAUGCCAAGCAGGGUGUGGAAUGCAUCCGGCUUAUUCGUCCCAAGACAGCUAUUCCCAUUCAUUACAAUGAUUACGAUGUCUUCAAAUCCGACUUGGAAGAUUUUAAAAGGGCGGCCCUGGACAGCGGACUAGCUACAGACCCUGAGACCCAAAUUGUAUAUCUUGCUCACGGUGAUACCUAUGACUUUGUCAUCGACAAGAAGCGCUUUGGGGGAAAUUUGGCGUAAAUCCGCAAUACGGCCACUUAAUGUUCAUGAUUAGCCUGUCUGGCGUGGACCCGUCUUAUAGCAACUCGGCGGAUGCAUCUUGCAUCCGUAUUAUUGCGGAUAUGUUUGUUAACAAUGAAUUAUAUCGAUUCAAACGAAGUAUUUGUGUAACCCAAAUUGCAUAAUUGCACGUAAUCGAUUACCAGGAUCCGUAAAACUAA